UAUCCAAAUAACAUGUCUUAUUCUUUUCAAUAAUCCAUAUUUAUAGCAAUGAAAUACAAAUACUAUUUUUUUUGUUCCUACCCAAACAAUAUAUUAUAUGAUCUAUUACAAAUACCUAUGCUCUGUCUUCUCUAUAAAGGACCUGAAAUACCUUGCUUACGUAUCAUUGAAAAGUGCAUUAACAUAAAUACGACGAUAAAAAGAGGUAAUACAAAAGUGUGUAAACUAUAAAAGCGGGUCAAAGUGGAUUGACCCACGCUACGCGUAAUAACUCUACCAAGGGCGAUCCCACUAUAGGGAUAGCCUCAGGCACACCAGUUACAAUUUUGACUGCCCAAUACCCAAUUUGGUCCCAAGGUAAAGAAUAACCAGUGCGCAUCCAUAAGAUCCGUGUACCAAAACCUAGAUCCAGGAAAUUCUGGAAGUCCUCCGAUGCUCUCGAUUAAUGAAUUCAUGAACAACUAUGUUAAAAAGCACCAAAACGCCUUGAAGAUACCAAAUUCGCAUCUGAUUCGACUUCCAGUUCAUUUGAGAUUAACUAUUUUAUUACCGAUCAAUAAACAAGGACCCUUCCUCCAGCCGCAGGUAGAGUCAGAGAGAACUCCCAUGGAAGGCCGCUUCCAACACCAUCCUUACGCUGUCGUCUUCCCUCUAAUGGCGCAAGGCCACAUGAAUCCCAUGAAUGACUUUGCUAGGAUCCUCGCUAGCCACGGUUGCAGAGUCACCGUCCUCACCACACCCCUCAACUCCUUCAGGUACGACUCCAUGAUCGAAUGGUCGAAAUCUCAGGGCCUCAAAUUGACUGUGGUCCAUUUACCAUUCCCAUCUAGACAAGUGGGAUUGCCGGAAAACUGUGAAAACAUGGACUCCAUCACCAAUCCUGAUAUGUUACUGAAGUUCAUCAUAGGCACCAAGAUCCUUCAGCAGCCGUUUGAAGAUUUCGUGAUGGAGGAUCCACCCAAUUGUAUCAUUUCAGAUGCUUUCUUCCCAUGGAGUACCCAAACAGCAGAGAAGGUCAAGAUACCAAGGUACGUCUUCCACACCUGCAGUUGUUUCAUGUAUUGUGUGAAUCAACGCAUCGGAGCCCAAGGCUCUAACGAAGAAGAGUUUGUGGUCUCUGGUUUGCCUCAUGAAGUUAAGAUGAGGAAAGCUUUGAGUCCGCUUAUUGGUGCUAGCAGCAGUGUGGAUGCUUUUGUCAAGGAACUGAGAAUGUCAGACAAGGCCAGCGCAGGAGUCAUCUUCAACACUUCAUACGAGAUCGAGUCCGCCUAUGUCGAACUAUUCAAGUCGAUGAGGGGUUGUCAACAUCUCUGGACGGUUGGCCCUCUGUCGCUAAUCAGCCAUCCGAAGGGGAGGAGCAGAGAAGAGAAGCGGGGGAAGGAGCUGUCCUCCAUUGAUGAGGAUCAAUUCUUGAGAUGGUUGGACUCUAAGCAACCGAGGUCUGUGAUGUAUGUAUGCUUUGGAAGCAUUGCUUCCCUUUCAGGACCGCAGCUCAUGGAAGUGGGGCUGGGGCUCGAGUCCUCACAGCACCCGUUCAUAUGGGUAGUCAGAAAAGGGGUGGAAGAAAGGUUUCUGCAGGAAUUGCAGGAGAGGGUGAAGGAGAGAGGGUUGAUCAUCAAAGGAUGGGCUCCCCAACUGCUAAUACUCUCACACCCUGCAGUAGGUGGAUUCAUGACUCACUGUGGAUGGAAUUCCUUGAUGGAAGGUAUAAGUGCAGGCCUGCCAUUAUUGACAUGGCCCAUGUUUGCGGAGCAACACGUCAGUGAGAGGCUGGUGGCAGAUGUCCUUGGAGUUGCGCUUCCUGUCGGUAACAAGAAGGUCAUGGGACUCUGUGAAGAACAGAAGGCCGAAGAAUUGGUAAGACGCGAGCAAAUAGAGAGGGUAGCGACUGCGGUUUUCAGCAAUGAGCAUGAAGCAAGAGAAAUGAGAAGGAAAGCUACAGUGCUUGGUGAAAUGGUGCGCAAGUCUGUUGAAGCUGGAGGCUCUUCUGCUCUCAACUUGAAUCUCCUGUUGAAGAAGAUCGGCUGUGAUGUUUAAGGAGAGAAGCCUAUUGUGAAGUUCGUGGUAUUUCCAAUUAGGCUUUAAGCUGCUUUCACUAGGCAAGCUCCAUCUUGUUUACGCUGAAAAUUAUGUUAAAAUAAGUUGGGGAUUCGUGAAUGCUUGAUUUCUAUUCUUAGCAGUACCAUAUGUAGAUGGAGUGGUGGAAAUCAUACUUGAAAGUUGGAAGCUUGAUUACGCAAUCUAACAUCAAUAAAGUAACCUUGGAAGAUUGUCACAA